AUGGACGUCUUGAACAUUUCAAAUGGCAUAGUUAGUGCUGAGACGCCUGCUACUGUUUAUAAGUUAUCAAUGUUCCAACUUUUCUGGUCAAUAUCGCAUUGGAUCUUUGCCGUCAAGCUAUAUUCUGUAUGGUCAUUUUUGAUCCAGAUGUUAACUGGUAAGAUCCAUAUCGCAAUAUCCUUCAGCACAAUAUUUUUCUUCAUUGGAACCAUAAUUGGAGGCCUAUGGUUGUUUAUUCGUUACAAGUACUUGAAUCUUUAUGAGAAAUUCUCUAAUGAUGACCCGUACGAACCGGUGGAACCUUCAACCACUUACAUAGACUCAAGGGAUGAAGAAUCAAAGUCCGGAUUUUCGUCAUAUUUGGAAGAAUUUUUAUCAGCAAUCAAGAUCUUUGGCUAUUUGGAUAAAGCUGUUUUCCAUGAGUUGACGAGAUCGAUGAAAACUCAACGCCUUGAUUCUGGAGAAUUAUUUGCUCUUGAUAGCUCUCUUGGAUUUUCGAUUGUCGUUGAAGGCUCAGUCAAUGUUUAUUCUAAAGUUAGUACUGACAGUAAUAAUGUUAACAGAACUGUAACUCAUGAAUCGACAGAUGCAAAUGAUACCUACAUUUUGAAUGGCGAAAAAUUUCAGCUUAUCAACUUUGUGAAAACCGGGAACCCAUUAUCUUCUUUAGUGAGCAUCUUGUCUUUAUUCACCGAUAACACCUCUAAUGCCAACUCCCCUUACUCUGAACAAGUGGUGUUUAGGGUAAUGAAUCGGUCAUUAUCAGAAUCCCAAGCUGCUAAUUCUUUGGAAAUCUUUCCAGAUUAUUUAGCUGAUGACUCAAAUGAGGGAAGCCCGAGCGCAUCAAACCCACUUGUUGAAGAUGAUGAUAUUUAUGAAGAGAGACUUAAUAAAUUACCAGACUUAAUCGCCCAAGCUAAUUCCAAUUGUACAAUUGCCAUAAUUCCAGCCGAUUCUUUUAGAAGGUUGACGAGAAAGUGGCCAAGGGCAGCGUCCCACAUUGUUCAAGUGGUUUUGACCAGACUUUACAGAGUCACUUUUCAAGCCGCUCACAAUUAUUUGGGGAUGACUGGAGAAAUAAUCGAUACAGAAAUAAAAUUGAAUGAAGAUUGUCAUUGUCAAUUGCCCAAAUAUCUUACCGACAGUGUGAUAAGAAAAUUUGGUGACCAAAUCUCGGAGAACGAGCCUAAAGGCGAAAAAAAUAAUUUGAUGGAUGACGCCAGUGGUGAAAUCAAUAAAGAUUUGAGCAUGGUGUCUAGUUUUGUAUCCAAUGCCAAUACUUCCAGUUGCAGUGUGCUUUUGAAAAGAAAAGACAGUCUUGAUGAUCUUCUUACGACCUCAUCGGUUACAUCAUUUAAACGACCAGUGGCUCACAAAAAUCUUUCCAGACAUGUGCUUUUGGAUUCAAAGAACAUUCAUCAUCCAGGCGAUUUAUUAUCGAAUGUCCCAAUUUCCAGAAUCGGGACGAUGGAAUUAUCUGAUGAUCCAAGCCUAACGGAUCUUAGAACCAAGACUUUCAGCGCCGAAGAAGAAUCUGAAGACACAGCAAUCAGAAUUGCUGUUGUUGAAAACUUAUUCAAAUUUUUGGGAAUUGACGAAAAGAGUAUUAAUAGUCCAAUGUUGAGAAAUAGCAGUUCCAGCUCAUUGGUUAAUUUGGCUAGAUCUCCUACUGGAUCACUGACCCAACUUACAAAACUUCAAAGUAUCAAAACUCCGAGAACGAUAAUGAAAGAAGGUUCUUUAUAUAGAGAUAAUUUCAGAAGAAACUCUAACGAUAAUUUAAUGGGAAGCUCUACAGAUAGUUUGAGAAGAAAUUCUCUCCCAAUGCUCAGUGAGGAAGGCAUUCCCUUGAACUACGAUCAGGCCAAGGGGGAAUUUGCGGAUGGAAUCAAGUUUUUAUUAUUCAAGAAGGAUAGUACUAUAGUCAAACAGAAUGAUCCAAAUAAUGGGUUAUAUUAUGUUAUUUCUGGAUCUCUAGAAGUGUUGUACAUUGAGUCUACCAUUUAUAACGGGACAAUUGAGAAACAUUUAUAUACUGCCAGCCCUGGUUGUAUCGCAGGAUAUCUUGCUUCAUUAGUUGGCCAUAAAUCUCUAGUCAGCAUCAGGGCCAAUGAAGAUUCAUAUGUCGCGUUCUUGCCUCAAGAGACCAUCAACGCUCUUUGUGAGAAAUACUUUACUAUUCAUUUAUCGAUUGCCAAAAAGCUUGUGAUGACAAUGAAUAAAGAGCUAUUAGAUAUGGAUUUUGCUAUUGAAUGGGUACAAGCCAAAGCAGGUCACGCUCUAUAUGAACAAGAUAGAGCGGCCACGGGUAUUUAUUUGGUAUUGAGUGGUCGAUUUAGAGAAAUCAGAAAGAUCAGUGACGAUCAAAUCAAUACCUUGGGGGAAUUUGGACAAGGAUCAAGUCUCGGGGAGGUUGAAGUCUUAACGGCUUCCAAAAGACAUAGUUCAUUGGUGGCAGUUAGAGAAUCUGAAGCCGCAAGAAUUCCAAGAUACUUAUUUGAAUUUUUGGCAUUGAAGAAUCCAUCCAUUAUGAUUAAAAUUUCUAGAAUUGUCGCGCAAAAAGUCACUUUACAGAAUGAGCCGCUGUUUGAUUUAACAAUCAGUAAGAAUUCUAAAUCAUUUUUCCCGAACUAUAAGACUAUUACCAUAUUACCUACUAAAUAUGGUUUGCCUGUCACUGAAUUUGCCGAGAAAUUAAUCAGUGAAUUCAAAAGAUUGGACAAAUCGGUCAUUGCUCUUGAUCAAGCCUCAGUGUUGAGCCAUUUGGGGAAACAUGCUUUUGAUAAGUUGUCCAAGCUUAAACAAUCUGGGUAUUUCUCAGAUUUGGAAGAACGUUAUGAUUUGAUUGUUUAUGUCAACGAUACCCCUGUGAAUUCUAAUUGGUCUCAAACUUGUAUUUCCCAAGGUGACUGUAUUCUCUUAUUGGCGGAUGCUUCGUCCAAUCCUGCAGUUGGUGAAUACGAACGCUUGUUAUUGAAGACCAAAACCAGUGCCAGAACUGAGUUGGUAUUAUUACAUCCUGAAAGAUAUGUGAUCCCGGGAUCCACCAACAACUGGCUUAAAAGUAGGUUAUGGGUUGAAGCACACCAUCAUAUUCAGUUCCGUGGUAUUUCUAUCAACGGAGAUAUUGGUUCACUGUCAGAGAAUAUUGUCCAAGGGUUGUUUUUAUCGAAUUUGAGAUCUAAAGUAGAGACUUUUACCCAGGACAUUGUUGAAAGAUACCGUAAUGUUAAUGGUAGCCAGAAUUAUUACACUCCGGUAGCGUUUCACAAAAAUGAUUUUGCUAGAUUAGCAAGAAUCCUAUCUGGUCAGGCCAUUGGCCUAGUGCUUGGUGGAGGAGGUGCUAGAGGAUUAUCACAUAUUGGAGUGAUUGAAACUUUAGAAAAUGAAGGAAUUCCAAUCGAUAUUAUUGGUGGAACCUCUAUUGGUGCGUUUAUUGGUGGGCUAUAUGCUAAAGAUUACGAUAUUGUGCCGAUUUACGGUCGAGCAAAGAAAUUUUCCGGGAGAUUGGCCAGUAUUUGGAGAACCUUAUCCGAUUUGACAUACCCAUUGGUAUCAUAUACCACGGGUCAUGAGUUCAAUAGAGGUAUUUGGAAGGCAUUUGGUGAUAGUAGAAUUGAAGAUUUCUGGAUCAGGUAUUUUUGCAAUUCUACCAACAUUACCAAUUCGGUGAUGGAAUUCCACACAUCUGGUUAUGCUUGGAGGUUUAUUAGAGCAUCAAUGUCAUUAUGUGGAUUGGUGCCACCGAUUGUUGACCAUGGAAAUAUGUUGUUGGAUGGCGGUUAUGUUGAUAAUUUACCAUGUGCCGAAAUGAAGCGACAAGGAGCAAGUUUAAUAUUUGCGGUUGACGUAGGGUCAGUUGAUGAUAGAACUCCAAUGACGUACGGCGAUACCUUGUCGGGAUUUUUGGAGCUCCUCAAUAGGUACAAUCCAUUUUCUAAGGCCCCUGUAGUACCAAGCAUGGCAGAUAUCCAAUUGAGAUUGGCGUACGUUGGAUCGGUUGGGGCUCUUGAGCGUGCUAAAGCUACGCAGGGAGUAAUCUACCUAAGACCACCAAUUGAAAACUUUGCAACUUUGGCGUUUGGGAAAUUCACCGAGAUUCACGAUGUGGGGAAAGUUUACGCCACCCAAGAAUUGAAAAAAUUGAGAAAACAGGGCAAAAUUCCCGCAUUAAUCGGAAAUUAUGAGGAGCCAACUAAAUCCGACAAUAUGUUAUUUACAAGGCAAAGACGUAAUUCCAUUUAG